CAUUUCCAUCUGCGGCUGUCAAUCACUGGGUCCCGAACAGUAAUUACUCGCUGGCACCCGGUGAUUGCCGAGUAUCUCCAACAAGGAGGAGAACUGUUUGUACACAAAACAAUUCUCCUUCCUGUCAGCUUAUGCACACUGCUUUGGAUGCUUCCACAGUGUGAUUACAGUGAAGCACCAACACACCGCCCCCUAGUAAAACACUCCCAGCACACAGUUAACCCUUUGAUCACCCCAGAUGUUAACCCCUUCAUGCCUAGUUCCAUUAGUACAGUGUCAGUGCUUUUUAUUAGCACUGAUCACUGUAUUGGUGUCACUGGGGAUGUUAGUGACACCAAGUAAGUUCCCCCAGUGUCAGAAUGGCCGCCGCAGUCCCACUAUAAGUCGCUG